AUGAAAAAAUUCAAAGAGAUUAAAAAAAGUGGAGAUGGCACUUUUGGUGUGGUUAUGAAGGCAGAAAACACAGAAAGUUUUGAAUUAGUAGCUAUCAAAAAAAUGAAAUAAAAAUAUCAUAAUUUUGAAGAGUGUACAAAUUUGAGGGAGGUCAAAGCUUUAAUGAAACUUCAAAAUCAUCCAAAUAUUGUAAAACUAAAAGAAAGUAACCUUUAUUUUGAUUUUUAAUAGUUUUUCUUGAUAAUGAUACUCUUUGUCUUGUAUUUGAGUUUGUAGAAAAGAGUAUAUAUUAAAUAUACUCUUAACAUAGAGAAUAAGUAGAAUAUAAUCUAAACUUAAUAAUAGGGCAAAACAAUGUCAGAUGAUCAAAUCAAAUCAAUCAUCUAUUAGGUUGCAAAUGGUUUAAGUUAUAUGCAUAAGCAUGGGUACUUUCAUAGAGAUCUUAAACCAGAGAAUUUACUUAUGACAGAAAAUGGAAUUGUGAAGAUUAUUGAUUUUGGUUUAGCAAGAGAAAUAAGAUCACGUCCACCAUAUACUGAUUACGUAGCCACAAGAUGGUAUAGGGUAAGUAGACCAUUGACUUAUUUAGGCUCCAGAAAUAUUAUUAAAAUAAAUCAAUUAUAAUAGUCCAGUUGAUAUAUUUGCUUUGGGUUGUAUAAUGGCUGAGUUAUUUCUUAAUAGACCUUUGUUUCAGGGUAAUACUGAAUUAGAAUAAUUCAACAAGAUUUUGUCUACUUUAGGGUAUUAUUCAAGAAAUCUAUUUUAAGCACAUUUACAUAAAGUGACUGGCCAGAAGGUUGUCGUUUAGUAUCAUAAUUAGGUAUGGGAUUAGCACAAUAUUAACCUCUUCAAUUAUAGCAAUUAAUACCAAAUGCAAGUAUUGAAGCUUUGAAUUUAUUAUCUCAAAUGAUUAAAUGGGAUCCAAAUAAGAGAAUUACUGCUUAAUAAAUUCUGACACAUCCUUAUUUUUAUAAUAUAUAAAAGAUUGCUCCUUCAUUAGUAUUUGAAGAUUAAGAUAAACUUUGGAAUAAGGAUCUUAAAGAUACAAACAUUGAUUAAAAAUAAAAAACUACUACUUAAAGUUUAAAGGAUGAUGCAUAACUUCAAUUUGCAAAUUAGUAGAAAUUUGAAAAAACUGAUAGCAAUGAUUUGGAUGAUAUAUUAGAUUUCAUUACAACUGAAAAUAAACCUAUAGUUCCUAAAUAAACAACAUAGAGUGCUAAGACUUUGGAAUUUAAAGGACUUUAAUCAUCAUCAUAGGCUAAUUUAAAAUUGACUAAGAAUUAUUUAACUACAAUCAAUACCGAUAUGAAUUAAAAGAAGGAUAACAGUUCUAUUUAUGAUUUUAGCCAUUUGUAAUCGUAUAAACCUAAGAUGCCUAAUGCCAAACAUUGA